CACCCACCUACACACCCUUUCUACCCCUCACACACCCACCCGGAGGAGGAGGCAUCACAGCGGAGCAACCAUCAGUGGUGCUUCCCUCUCUCCAGGAUGUGGCUGUGGGUUGAUUAGAAAAUGCAUGGCACAGAAAAGGCAAUCCAUCACCCUGCCAGCGAUGGACACUUCUGCACAUGUGCCCUCCCACCCACAAAAUAUAUGGCUCCUCUUCCUUACUUUUCUCCUAAGAUACUAAGCGAGCCUCAGUCUGGGCCCGUGGGCAUGGUUUUGGAGGGGAGCUCAGAGGCGCUGUGUCCCCCCCCAUCACUGGAGCUGCGUCCGUCCUGCAAUAAGACCCAGCCCUCGCCUCCCCUGGGGUGCAGCUCGCAGCCCCACGACGGAGUGUUCUCGGAGGACAAGGAGCCCGUCAAGUACGGAGAGCUCAUCGUAUUAGGGCACAAUGGGUCUCUGUCCAAUGGAGACAAGGGUCGCAGGAGAAGCCGUCUGGCCCUUUACAAGAGACCCAAAGCUAAUGGAGUUAAACCAGAUGUUAUUCACAAUGUCUCCACUCCUCUGGUGUCAAAGGCACUCAGCAACAAAAGCCAGCACAGCAUCUCCUACACGCUGUCACGAAGCCACUCCGUCAUCGUGGAGUACACCCAUGACACCAACACGGACAUGUUUCAGAUUGGCCGGUCCACCGAGAGCAUGAUCGACUUUGUGGUGACAGACACAGCAGGCAGUGGGAGUGGCCAGGGAGGAGGGGAUGGAGCUGCAGGCGAAGGAGGCAACGGCGGUCAAUCGGCACAGAGCACCAUCUCCCGCUACGCCUGCAGGAUCAUGUGUGAGCGCAGUGCCCCCUACACAGCACGCAUCUACGCCGCGGGUUUUGACUCCUCCAAGAACAUCUUCCUCGGGGAGCGCGCGGCCAAAUGGAGGACCUCGGAUGGUCUGAUGGACGGCCUGACCACUAACGGGGUCCUGGUGAUGCACCCGGCAGGAGAGUUUGUGUCCGAGCCGUCUCCAGGAGUGUGGAGGGAGAUCUCGGUGUGUGGGAACGUCUUUGCCCUGAGGGAAACCCGCUCGGCCCAGCAGAGGGGCAAACUGGUGAGAAAAGUUGAGAAUGAGUCCAACACCCUGCAGGAUGGCUCUCUCAUUGACCUGUGUGGGGCCACCCUGCUGUGGAGGACCCCCGCAGGUCUGCGUCACACUCCCACCCUCAAACAGCUGGAGUCCCUGCGGCAGGAGCUCAACGCCGCACGCCCGCAGUGUCCAGUGGGUUUCAAUACCUUGGCCUUCCCCAGUCUCGCCCAGCGGGAGAUCGUGGACAAGAAGCAGCCUUGGGUCUACAUGAACUGCGGCCACGUGCACGGCUAUCACAACUGGGGCUACCGUAAGGAGAAGGGCCCAGCCGGUCCCGGGGGCACAGCGCCGGCCAGUACAGGGGAGAGGGAGUGCCCCAUGUGCAGGAGGGUGGGCCCAUACGUGCCCCUGUGGCUGGGCUGUGAAGGAGGGCUGUAUCUGGAUGCGGGACCCCCCACUCAUGCCUUCUGCCCCUGUGGUCAUGUGUGCUCUGAAAAGACUGUGAUGGGGUGGAGUCAAAUCCCCCUGCCCCAUGGCACCCACGCCUUCCACGCCGCCUGCCCCUUCUGUGGCACCUGGCUCACCGGAGAGCAGGGCCACGUCAAACUCAUCUUCCAGGGCCCCGUUGACUGAGAGUGCGCCCCCUGGAGGACACCAGACCAGCAGGACUGAACUGGAAUGAACAGAGAAACAAGCCACUGACUGACUGUGACAUGCAAUAGUAGAUGCCAAGGCUUCACAUGAGUUAUGACGUGUAUGGAGAGAAUGUAAAUAAAUGUGGUGAAAUGAACAGGCCUUGGCUCUUACUUACACAUAAACAAUAUUUUCUUCAGUUUGGACUGAUUCUACAUGUAAAACA